UUUCUGGGGUUUUCCUUUUCCAUGGUAAACCUCGCAGCCGCAAGAUUUGAAGAGCAAACCUCAAAACCAGACGCAGUCCAUGCUCUCGGAUUCUCUCUCCUUUGGCAAAGAUCACUUCUUUCUCGUAGAAAAGUUAAAAAAAAAUGGCCAACAUAAUCCACAAACUAAUCUCAAAAACAACCCCAACAACACCUUCUUUAAGAAUCAUAACCUCAACCCUCAAAACUCCACAACUCUCUGACCCCAACUACCUAACAGCAACAACAACCUCGCUCCUUCCCAGCACAACAAAAUCAGAUUUCUCAAACAACCCAAUUCCUCUCUUAAACCCUAUACCCACACAGGAUGUUAAACCCUUGCAGUUUUAUUACCCGAGUUUCCCUUUUGGGUUUUGCUUAAAUCCUAUUUCCGCAACUGGUUUUGGUCAAGUGAAGGCUAUGGAGGAGGAUGUUGAUGAUUCAAGGACUUUGUGGGCUGAUAGUGUGAAGAAGAAGAGGAAGAAGAAGAUGAACAAGCAUAAGUACCAGAAGCUUAGGAAGCGUCUCGGGAGAAAGUCUUCUUAGGUGUUUCUAUCGGUAAAGAAGUUCGUGUCUUGGUGGCUUUUUUGGUUCUGGCUUACAAAUUUUGGAUGGCAAAAUGAAAUGUUGUAGUUGUUUGGGAGUAUUAAAUUUUGUAGUUGUUUACUGUGCUUAUUUAACCGAAUGGAAUUGAAUAAUUUGAAAUGUUGUUGAUCA